AUGACGUCCAGAGAUCAAAGAAGUACGCUUUACAGAGGGGAUCUUUACUUAAACAUAUUGGAAAAUGCAGUAGAACUACUGAUCCUUGAGAUUAUUGAAGACAAUCCUUAUGAAUUUGAGUUGGAAACAGUUUUUCAACAAGAUAAGGCACCGCCUCACUUUCGCAGAAAUGUUAGAGAAUAUUUGACUAAUACUUACCCUAAUCGGUUGAUAUGGCUUGUUGUUUUUGCGACAUACUGCGGUCUCAGCAUCCACUUUAUAUUAGUGAAUAUUGAACAUUACCUGGCCAACCCCACAUUAGUGACCAUAAAAAAUGACUUUAGAAAUUGGAGGAAUUCUUUUCCUGCUGCUACGGCCUGCUUCAUUGAUAAAGUUGAUCUAAAAAAGGCUGAAAUUUUUAUUAAAAAGGAAUGGGGUGUGUCAUUAAAAGAUUCCACCUACUCUUACCAUUUGGAUUUUAUUAAAAUAAUCUCAAAUUUAACAUACAGCACUCUAAGCUCUUUAGAACGGUACAAACAUGAUCAUAGAUUUCAUGAAAUGGACUGGUUGUACGUUUUAAAUUCAGUACAUCCUCCCUUAAAUGGUAUUCUUGCAACUUCUGAGGUUAACGUACCACUCGAUUGGAAGUUGGUUAUAACUGAAAUGGGCCUGUGUUUUUCACUAAAUUUGAAAUUUGUCGAUUUUAUAUCUUCCAGUCAAUCCUCUAAUAAAGGCAACUCAGAAAUACCAAUAAAAGAUCAAAAAAGUUUUGAAUGCCAUUAUUUAAAUGGUCUAUGCUACGCUAGAUAUGACUCCGAUGCACAACGUCCUCUUCAGUAUUAUAUUCAUUCGCCCCUGGAAAUUAUACAUGCAUCUGUAGAUCCUCCACUGACAGUAAAACAAAGUGAAGAAUAUGAGGCCAAUUUUGAACUAACGGAAACCUUUACUCUUGAGGACGCUCGCUAUUUGUCACCGAAUCAAAGAAAAUGCCGAUACGAGGACGAACCACAUAGACCAAAUCUUCCUGGUUAUAGUGUAGGCAUUUGUAGUAUGAUGUGCCGAUAUGAAUUGGCUUUGAAAUUAUGUGGUUGUAAGCCAUUUUUUUACAGUUUUUUAGAUGGACAAAAUUGCGAUUUAAACGGUCUACUAUGCCUGUCAAAAGUAUCUCAUUUAUUUAACCAAUCGGUCCAAAAUCUUGGCUGCUACUGUCCGGCUCCCUGUAACCUAAUGAUAUAUUUAAAAGAGUCUUCAAAAGUAACUGUAUGGGAAACCGGAUACUUUGAUCAAAGGAUUACGUUUAGGUGGGUCCUAAUACCGCCAACUACUAAAUAUCAACGAACUGUUUUAUUUGGUUAUAAUGAACUAAUUGUGUACUGCGGAGGAACAUUAUCACUAUUUCUAGGACUGAGCUUUAUUGGUAUGGUUGAAGUGAUGUAUUUAAUUAGUGACCGUUUAUAUCAGUUCUUUUGCAGUAAAUACAUUAAUAGAGUUAAAAUGAUUGCGAAGAAAUAA